CCGGCUGGUCUGCAGGCAAGUGGCGCCCAAACAGGGACCUGAAGCGUGAAGGCAAUUAAAAGAAAAAGAAAGUGCAGAUCUGCGCCUGGUCCUUGUUGGCUUCCUGAACGUCUAGUGAAGCUGAUAGAUGGCUCAUCGCAACGCCCGACUGAUAAAGAAAAUGCAGAAACUUCACAUUUCUCCAAAGAAAGCAACAGUGACCGUAUCAAUCGAGAAAAAGAAGAAGAGGAGACCACUUGCCAGCACGACUCAAGGGAGUGAUGUUCCAACCUGGGGACAAGUUAAACAAUUGAUUUCACGAGCUCAAGAGUUAGUGAAACAACAGAAUAAUCCUGUUACACCUGUAACUUUAUUUUUGGCUAUGUUGGCAACCAUUUCAUGUGUUCCCUCUGUUAAUGCAGCAACUUACUGGGCCUAUGUACCUGAUCCUCCACUAUUACAACCCAUAUCUUGGUCUGAAGCAAAGUUUCUUGUAUUUUACAAUGAUACUGUUUAUGGGCCUCUUAUUGGGAAUAUAAAACAAAUCAAUAUGUCUGUAAAUUAUACUAACUGGUUUAAUACCUAUCCUGUCUGUCUUAGCCCAUUGAAUCUGGAAACUGGAUGUGUAAAGGCUAUUAGUUAUGAGCAUACAGAUGUUUAUGAGGAAACGGAUCAAUCAGUUGGUUUGUCAGGCUCUCCAGGCAUCCUUCAUUUUACAGGAACCAACAUUACUCUUGCAUGCCCGGCUACCAGCCAACGAGAGGAUCUUAAGGAUACCAUCAUUUGGUAUAAAAAUGGGCAACCUAUUAAUAUUAGAGGUCGAAUCUCAUACGCUUCACCACUUAGGGAUUCCUCUAUUACUAUAACCAAGGUUACAGGUGAAGAUUCAGGAAAUUAUUUCUGUAUGAAGCAUUUAUCUGGAGAACAAGGGAUACUUAUAGCUGAACAUAAGGUUACUAUUCUUAACAGAAAAUCAAAAAAUCAAUUUCCUCCUUUUAUGACCGUUAACUUUCCUGAAUCCAAUUUUGAACGUUGCAAUGCAUCUUGGAAUAACCAAAUAUGGUGUACUGUAGAUUAUACCAAGGGGUCAGUUCUUAUCUCUUCUAUUCCCGUCAUAGAUAGGUUUAUUACAUUUCAGAAGAACUGGGAUAUAUGGAAACUAGCUCUAACUUAUUCCAAUACACAUGUUAUAACUUGUGUUGCUCCUCCAUAUACACUUUUGAUUGGUUCUAUUAACAUUGUUAAUUCUUCCAAAGGAGGGUAUAAUAUUAGCUGUGUUAAUUGUAUUUUUAGCAGUUGUAUGUUCCCUUCUGCAGGAACGCAAUCUGUCCUUAUACUAAAGCAACCCCUGUAUGUUAUGGUGCCUGUACAUCUGAAAGAACCUUGGUAUGAAAAUACUGGAGUACAGGCAUGGGUGGACCUCUCUAAAGCCUUGCGGAGAGGGAGACGCUUUCUUGGGUGGCUAAUAGUAAGUUUACUUGCCUUGGCUGCUCUGUCUGCUACUGCAGCUGCUGCCGGUCUUGCUCUUUCACAGCGUAUUAAUGAUGCUUACUUUGUUAAUCAGUUAUCUCAAAAUACCAGUCUUGCUUUAUCUUUACAAAGUCACAUAGAUUUACAGAUUAAUAACAAGUUAGAUGAAUUUAAAAACGCAGUUUUGGGGAUUGGAGAUCAGAUGGCAGCAUUAAAAUUGAUGCGUUUAGCUUGUCAUGCAAAGUAUACAUGGAUUUGUGUUACUCCUUAUAAGUAUAAUGGCUCUAUUUGGGAAUGGGAGAAAGUAAAAAUGCAUCUGCUGAGUGUUUGGUCAGAUAAUAAUAUUAGUCUUGAUCUUAAGAAGUUAAAUGCUGAAAUUCAGGAUAUGCAAAAUGCACAUCUUGAUGAUAUUUCGCCAGAAGAUGUAAUUCAAACUUCACUGGAUCAUUUAAAGUGGUUAAACGCUCAGUCUUGGAUUACCGGAAGGUUGUCAGGAUUUAUUACCCUGGCCGUAAUUUGCCUAUUGUUGCUAAUAAUCUUCUCAUGUGUGUUUCGUAUCCUCAUGCAACAAUAUACUACUCUCGGCAGUAAACUUCAUGGAAUAAGUUUGCAGCAAAAAUUAAAAAAUAAAAAAGGGGAACCUGUGGGAAGCAGUCAGCCAUGAGAGCAGGCUGCGGACGUGCCAGGCAUGCCGCCGCUGCUCGAAGGGACUGUCCCUACUUGUUCCCUUCCUUGUUCCAUUCCAUGGGAGAUAAAUCACUAGGGCCCAGAGAUCAGAAAGAAUGUAAAAUGAGAUAAGCAAAUCUGUCUCCCCCCUGCAUGUGCAGGUUAUUUUUGAUGAUUCUGGGUUUAUGGGUUUUCUCCCAGGGAAGUUAACCUUGAGCCGAGACAGUCAUUAGAUAAUGUAAACCACCGUCUGGCAACCUUCCCUUUUCUAGUCUAUAUAAUCUGCAACUGUAGCACAAUAAAAUUUGCCUUGCAACCAACAGUUGUCUUGGUCCUUCUGACCCCAUUCGUCGGUGCUAUUUCAGUUCCUUACCCCUUCCCUUCUGACCCUGGUCGGCUCAGUCUUCCUCGUUCGGCUGGUCUGCGGCAGUUUCUGAAUAAAAAGAUGCUUACAAAGGACCUCUGUCAUAUUUAUU